GUGUUGAAGAGCCGGCAAGAUGCCGGAGGGAGUGGCCAAAGAGGCCAAAGAUGAAAAGAAGUCCAAGGAGUCGCCCCGGCGGCGGCCCGCGGGCAACACCGCCCAUGUUAGGGUGGAGCUGCUUGAUGGAUCCACCAUGACAUUGGACGUUGAGAGAAAAAUCCGCGGCCACGAGCUCCUCGGCAAAGUCUGCGACAGUCUGAACCUCGUGGAGAAGGACUACUUCGGGCUGUUGUACUCUGAUCGCGGCGACAACAGAGUAUGGAUCGACCUUGACAAGCGCGUCUCCAAGAUGCUUAAACAUGAGCCCUGGCAGGUGCGUUUCGCGGUGAAAUUCUACCCGCCUGAGCCAGCGCAACUUCAAGAGGAGCUGACGAGAUACCAACUCGUGCUUGCUGUCAGGAAAGACCUGCUCGAAGGCCGCCUGCCAUGCUCAACGGUGACGCACGCGCUCCUAGCCAGCUACCUCCUCCAAUCAGAGAUGGGCGACUUCGAAGAGUCCGAAGUAGGCGCCGGCCGCUGUAAGCAGCUGAAGCUAGCCCCGCCCUCCGCCUGCACUCCCGAACUUGAAGAGAAGGUGGUAGAACUGCAUAAGACGCACCGAGGCCAGACCCCCGCGGAAGCCGAGCUCAACUACCUCGAGAACGCCAAGAAGCUGGCCAUGUACGGAGUCGACCUUCACCCCGCCAAGGAUUCCGAAAACGUCGACAUUACUCUAGGAGUAUGCUCUUCUGGGCUGCUGGUGCAUAGAGAGAAGCUACGCAUCAAUCGCUUCGCCUGGCCGAAGAUCCUCAAGAUCAGCUACAAGCGGCACAAUUUCUACGUUAAACUGAGGCCUGGAGAGUUCGAGCAAUUUGAAUCCACUGUUGGUUUCAAGCUUGUCAACCACCGUGCUGCUAAGAAGCUUUGGAAGACUUGUGUCGAACAUCAUACGUUCUUUAGGCUGAUGUCCCCCGAGCCGCCGCCGAAGGGCACGCUGUUCCCGCGGCUGGGCUCCAAGUACCGCUACUCGGGGCGCACGCUGUACCAGACGCACGGCACCGCGCCGCAGCGCACGCAGCCGCACUUCGCGCGCACGCUGUCCUCCCGCCAGCUGUCCUCCCGCAGCAUGGACGCGCUGGCCGCCGAAGAGAAAGCGAACACGCUGCCACCCGAGGCGGUGAAGAGACACACCAUGCCGCCGCAGCCGGCGCCGCGGCCCGCGGCUAAGGACAAGCUGCGCCGCGGCUCCAAGGGGACGGUCAGCGCGUCGUCUGCCAGCUCCAUAGAGGGAGAGUAUUUGGCCGAUAGAGGGGAGAAGAAACCACCCCCUGGUGCUGUGAAGGUAAUGCCGACACCCGAGAAGAAGGAAGACAAGAAAGUGGUCGAGAGUAAACCCGCUGAAAAUGGCACUGACACUGCCAGCGAUCCAGGCGUCACUAAUAACGUGGAUACCACUCCCAAGAAAAACAAGAGCGGAGGUUUUGGCCUAUUCGGUAGUAAAAGAGAGAAAUCGCCUAAAGAAGACAAAUCUCCCAAGGACAAGUCUCCCAAACAAAAAUCACCUAAAGAAAAAGAUUCGAAGAGCAAAGAUCCCAAAGGCAAAGUGGCGGUGCUCGAUACAUCUAACGAAAGCUCUAAUCUUGACACCUCAAAUGAAAAGAGUCCAGAAAAAGAAAAACCAGGCUUCACAAAACCUUACGAAUACACGGACACUGAAAAGAGCCCAUCUCGCACCAAACCCAAGCUUCAAGGAGCCUUCAGUUACGAAAAAGAACCUAUUACCGACGAGAGACAGAGACAGCUUAACGACAGUCAAAGUCCGACGACGAGGAAAGCUGGACUCGCUUUCAAUUAUGCUCCUGGAGAAGAUAAGAAGGUUGCCGAAAGUGCCGAGAAGAGAAAGACUCCAGAAGACCCGAGCAAACUUAAAACUCCAGGCAUUGAUUAUGUCCAGUCAGCUGCACUUAAAGAACAAGCUAAAGCUAACGUCAUCGAUCCUACUUUGGCGCUAUUAGAUUCAGAAAGAGCUCAUCAUGAAGUAGGCGCGCCUUUAGCUGCUGUAAUCCCAGCAGCUGCUCCUAAACCAGAAAAUGAAAUACAAGUCGUCAUUAUAACUGGAAGAUAUAAUCCUAAGAACAAGAAACUUGACGAUGCUAAUGGUACAGUUCUUGUCGUCAAAGGAACGCUUGACAAAGCUACUGGAAAAAUCCAGACUGAAAGAGAACUCAUCGAUACCAAGUCAGGACAAAUUACAUACACGAAUCCUGCGACUGGUAAGCAGGAGAGUAAACACGGUCACGUUGAUUCCAAGACUGGACAUAUAUUGUUUACUUCUAAUGUCAUUGAUCCUAAAACUGGCAAACUUGACCCAACAUUGGCUCAGCAGUAUUGCUUUGUUGAACAGGCUGCCGACAAAGUUGGAGCUAAACCAGGAAGAGAGGUCAACUUGGUCGUAAUCACAAGCAAAUAUGACGGUAAGCACAAGAAACUAGAUGCCGCACACGGACAUGUAGAUGUUUCAAGAGCAGUAGUAGGCCCAGAUGGCAAAGUCAGCUCCAAUUAUGGUGUCAUCGACCCACGCACAGGCAAAAUCGAUUACAUCGAUCCCAAAACAGGCAAACAAGAACCUAAACAGGCGUACGUUGACCAGAAAACAGGCAAUAUACUGGUUACAACAGGAGUUGUUGAUCCUAAAUCUGGUAAAGUUGAUUCAUCGCUUGGUCAACAGUUCAGCAUUGUUGAAAAAGAUGCCACCAAGGCCAACAGGGAAGUGAGACUAGUCGUCAUUACUAGCAAAUAUGAUCUUAAGAGCAAGAAACUAGACCCCAACUUCGCUCACGUUGACGCCGUUAAGGGCGUGCUAAGCGGUACCGAUGGUAAGAUUUACACUGAUUAUGGCAUUAUUGACCCUAGAACGGGCGAUAUUCAGGUCACUGACGCUAAGACUGGCAAACAAGAAACCAAACAAGCCGUAGUCGAUCCUAAGACAGGUAAUAUUCUUCUUCUAUCGGGUGUUGUUGAUCCUCGCACAGGACAACUCGAUACGACACUAGGACAACAGUACAGCAUUGUUGACAAACCUACUGACACUUUCGCCUCGUGCCCUGGAAAGGAGGUUCAGCUCGUUGCUGUCACUGCCAAAUACGACUCUAAGAACAAGAAGUUAGAUACACCCAACGGAUUCGUGGAAACCUCACGAGCCAUCAUCAGCGACAAAGACGGAAAAGUACAUACCAAUUUCGGUAUUCUCGACCCUAACACCGGCAAAGUUCACUACACUGAUCAGAAAACUGGCAAGCCGGACUCGAAGCAAGCUGUCGUUGAUGCUAAGACAGGCAGCUUCAUUGUAACAUCGGGCAUUAUCGACCCGAAGACAGGCAAACCUGAUUCAUCACUCGCUCAGCAACUCACAGUUGUCGAUAAGGACGCACCUAAGGGCAUUCCUGAGAGGCACGUCAACUUGGUUAUCAUCACCACUAAGUAUGACCCGAAGAACAAGAAACUAGACCUAACCAAUGCUCACGUCGAUAGCAUACCUGGAACUGUCGGUACUAAUGAUAAAGUCCACACAGCGUUUGGUGUCGUCGAUCCUAGCACUGGUGAAAUUACUGUAACUGAUCCAGUAACAGGCAAACAAGAAGUUAAGAAGGCGUCUGUAGACCCGAAGACAGGCAAUUUACUGCUUACUUCAGGAGUUGUGGAUCCCAAGACAGGACAAAUUGAUCCUUCUUUGGGACAACAGAUCAGCAUUGUAGACAAGCCUAAAGACAAAUUUGCUUCAGUGCCCGGCAAGGAAGUCCAGUUAGUAGUUGUCACGAGCAAAUACGACUCAAAAUACAAGAAACUAGACCACCCCAACGGUCACGUAGAAACUUCCAAAGGAAUAAUGACCUCGGAUGGCAAGGUCCACACUAACUUCGGUGUGAUUGAUCCUAGGAGCGGAAAGAUUGAACACGUAGACCCUAAGACAGGCAAACAAGAGAUAAAACAAGCGGUCGCUGAUCCCAAAACAGGACACCUACUUAUCACGUCCGGUGUCGUUGACCCAAGAACAGGCAAGACUGAUUCGUCUCUUGCUCAACAACUUACUAUCGUCGACAAGGAUGCUAAGCCGCAAGAAAGAGAAGUCCGUUUAGUUAUUAUCACUUCCAAAUAUGAUCCUAAGACUAAGAAAUUAGAUCCUAAUGGUCAUGUCGAUUCAGUGAAUGGCACGCUGGGUCCUGACGGUAAAGUCCACACAUCAUUUGGUGUUGUAGACCCGGCUACUGGCGAAGUGGUCACCAUCGAUCCAGUGACGGGCAAACAGGACGUUAAGAAAGCCACCGUUGAUCCCAAAACUGGUAAUCUACUGGUCACAUCAGGAGUUUCUGACCCAAAGACUGGUCAUGUCGAUCCUACAUUAGGACAGCAAAUAAGCGUUGUGAACAAAUCUAAAGACACAUUCACAUCUGUGCCAGGAAAGGAAGUGCAAUUAGUCAUCAUCACUAGCAAAUAUGAUCCUAAGACCAAGACUCUUGAAAACAGUAACGGACAUGUUGACUCAUCACGAGGUAUCAAAGCCGCUGAUGGCAGAAUCCAUACUAAUUACGGUAUUAUUGAUCCGAAGACAGGAAAGAUUGAGUGCGUCGAUCCAAAAACAGGCAAGACGGAAGUUAAACAAGCAACUUUCGAUCCUAAGACAGGACAUCUCCUGCUGACAUCGGGCGUGGUCGAUCCGAAGACCGGAAAAAUAGACGCGUCUCUUGCUCAACAGCUUAGUAUUGUGGACAAAGAUGUUAAACCACUAGAAAGAGAAAUCCACUUGGUAAUCAUCACCACCAAAUAUGACCCGAAGAACAAGAAGAUCGAUCCAAGCCAAGGAUACGUAGAUACUGUAAGUGGAACUAUUGGUCCUGACGGCAAAAUCCGUACGGCUAUCGGCGUCGUAGACCCAGCUACUGGAGAAAUCGUUGUGACUAACCCGGCGACUGGCAAGCAGGAGGUCAAGAAAGCGCAGGUGGAUCCUUCAACCGGCCAUAUGCUCGUCACCAGUCAGGUGUUUGACCCGAGGACCGGGAAAGUUGAUCCGACAUUGGCGCAGCAAUUCAGCAUUGUUAACAAGCCUGUUACACCUCAUACAAAACCAGCGUCGGUUGGCGAAAUUCGCCUAGUAAUCGUGACGAGCAAAUAUGACCCUAGAACCAAGACAGUGGAUGCUGGUGCUGGGACUAUUGACGCCUCAAAGGGCUACGUCAGCGCCGAGGACGGAAAGAUACACACCGACUUUGGUAUUAUAGACCCACGAUCCGGACAGAUCCUCUACAGAGAUCCCCUAACCGGCAAGCAAGAACUAAAACAAGCAGAUAUCGACCCGAAGACGGGCAACUUCAUCGUGACCACCGCGGUUGUAGACCCCAAGACAGGCAAGGUAGACCCCUCAUUCGCUCAACAGUUGACGAUUGUUGAUAAGCAGAAUGUGUUGGCUAAAGCACCACUAAGCGUUUCCCCCGUGAGGCAUACCCCAUCACCAGUCAAGACUCCUGCUUCCACGCCAGUCCAUACACCAUUGCAAUCGCCCGUAUCGAAAUCCUCGCCAAUCAUUAGUCAAGUGCAAAGGACAUCACCUACGGUUGCAACUAUUCCUAAAACACCACCAGCUAAACCUACUACAGCUCCGCCGGCUCCUCCUAGGAGAAAGAUUGUUAAGAUCAUGGUCAUCUUCACUAGAAUUGACCCUAAGACUAAGAAACCAGACUUACACACAGCUGAAGUUGAACACCUCACUGGUAUUUUGGACCCUAAUGGUGUAGUCGAGACGAAAUAUGGUGUUAUAGACAUUAACAAGGGCACCAUCGUCGCUACUGAUUCCGCUGGACAGCAACAACAAAGAAAUGGUGUUAUCCUACCCGAGACAGGGCAAAUCUUCAUCAACUCUGGCGCGAUUGAUCCUAAAACCGGCAAAGUUGACCCCAACUUAGGGAUGAUUUUGAGCGUCACGAAACAAGACGACCCAGUUGUAGACAUUACGACCAUCACCGGCCCUAUCGAUCCUGCUACAGGUAAAGUAGAUAUCGACAACAGCACUGUUGAGCUCACUAAGGGCAAAGUUGACGCUGAAACCGGACACAUCUCCACUAAAUACGGAGUCAUCGAUCCAUCUAAUGAAGUCAUCUUCGUUACGGAUACUUUGGGAGGACAGGACAAGAAAUCUAUCAGUAUUGAUGAGAACACUGGUCUGAUCACCUUAACUGGAGUUGUGGACCCGAAAACUGGAAAAGUCGAUCCAAAACUGGGACAACUCAUUGUUGUUGGAACACAUAUAGAUCCUGUGGUAGAAGUGACGACAUUUGUCGGUAAGGUUGAUGCGAAAAAAGGCCUCAUUGAGCCAAAACAUUCCGUCAUCGAAAGCACAACUGGUCAGUUCAAUCCCGACACCAACAAGAUCGACACUAAGUACGGACAAAUCGAUCUAGUUAAAGGCACUGUCACAUACAACGAUCCUAAGACCGGCAAGUUAGAAAGCAAGGAAGUGAAAGUGGAUCCUGUUACCGGCCAACUUUUACUACGCAGUGGACAAGUUAACCCGAAAUCUGGAAAGCCCGAUAAGGACAUUGGCAGGCUUAUUUGCCUGAGGAUAAUUCAAACUAAAGUCGAUCCUGUCUCAGGCAAGCAAAUCGUAUCAAAUGAACCCAAGAACGUUAAGGUUGAUCCCAAAACCAACCAGAUCUGGACCGCUGGGCCGAAAGACCCUACAACUGGAGAGGUUCUAUACACCGCUGGUCAAAUCGACCCCGUCACUGGUUAUAUCAUCACUAUUUACGGUCGUUUAGACCCGAAGACUGGAAAUAUAUUGAGGGCACAUGAAAUCGACAGGUCGCUUAUCAAAGUCGACCCGAUUAGUGGACAAAUCUACACUGCUACUGGUCAAGUUGAUGAAGACAACCAACCUUUGUAUUCCGCUUCUCAGGUAGAUCCGUCCACAGGAGAAAUCUACACGAAAGUCAGCAAAAUCGAUCCGAGGACCGGCAGGUUGGUAAUCGUGAAGAUUUACAUCAUAACGCAGAAAGACGAGAAAGGACGCGUCAAGGAAGUCGAUCCUAAAGAAUGCACCAUUGAUGAAACAACUGGCAGAAUCAUUACAACAAAAACUGUCUACUUGUAUCAAAUCAUUGACCCGAUCACUGGCGAAACGAUCGAUGUAGACCCAGAUGAUCCAAGACUCAAAGGCGCAAGAACCACUGUCACACAAACCAUGACGUUAUCAGGCAAAAUAGAUCCAGUCACCGGCAGAAUCAAGACGGAAUAUGGAGAUAUCGACCCAGAUACAGGAGAUAUAGACCCGAGCACCGCCGUCAGAGACCCGGUUACCGGACAACUAAUAUUACAUUACUCACAAAUAGAUCCCUCACACUUCGAAGACAAGAGCGGUAACUACACGAUAGAAAAGGAAACCCAGGAUCUCCCAGCCACUAUUGAUAUCCAGAAAGUUAAUACCCAUAAAUUCUCAACGUUCGGCAAAGAUGAAAGCCCUGUUAGAGGAGAUGAGCCUAGGACAUUCACAGAGUUCACAACGAGCGAGCAUAUAACGCACCAAGGCUACGCGUCGUCAAACACCCCUCUAUCCUCAAAGAUCCCCGUCUCGCAGCGAGCCAAGAAGACCCCGACUCCGCCCGUCGUCGUCAAGACCACCACCAAACAACUCCUGACCAAGAAUGACGAGGGCGUCACGCAUAAUGUCGAGCAGGAGGUCGAGAACCUCGGCACUGGCGAGGUCACAUUCUCCACACACACCAAUAAGGCGGAAAGCCUAGAGCCGAUGGAGACCGGAAAGAGCCCGUACGUCACGGCGAGGGCUGUCACCACGAGAACGGCAACGACGCAUCACGAUCUCGACACCAAGGCCAAGACCCAACAGUUGGAAGAGAAGACAGUAGCCCAUACCCUAACUUCAUCAGCCACCAGGCAAGAACAGCGUGUUUUGACGCAGGAAGUCAAAACUAUGGUCACUACUGGCGAUAAGCAUCAGAUAACCAGACGAGGCUCAGAGAGCUCAAUCUCUAGCGGAGAUUCCGGCACACCCAUCGAUUUCGAAGAAGGCGCCGGAGAGGGUCACUACUACACCACCGAACCCGGAUCGUAUAGGACGACCACCACCACCAGUGUAAUGGGCAACGCUCCUUUUGGCAGCAUGGUUCACGGAGCCACCACCAGGACAACAACAAGUGCAGGGGAACCGGAAGAGACGACAAUCAACGAGGACGGUGAGAUCGUGUCCUCGCAGACCAUCAGCUCGAAGACGCGCACGGUCGAGACCAUCACCUACAAGACGGAGCGAAACGGCGUGGUAGAGACGCGCGUAGAACAAAAGAUCACCAUCCAGUCCGACGGAGACCCCAUAGACCACGACCGAGCCCUCGCCGAGGCCAUUCAGGAGGCAACAGCGAUGAACCCAGACAUGACGGUCGAAAAGAUAGAAAUCCAACAACAAAGCACGCAGCCGUAACACGACACCGAGUCGCCAACCCGCACCGACAGCGCGUAAACCGCUCCACUAGUCGACAAUACAAUCCGCAACAUUGGGUAACCAUGGUGGUUCUUGUGCAAUUCUAAGUUUAACUACUUAUUAAACUUCCAGCAACCUCAAUUAGGAUGCACAAUCCUAAGCUAAAAACUUGGUAAUCUUUCCGUCCUUGUGGAAGCUCUCGUGGGGUGGAAAAGGAUGAAUUUUACCUCUUUUUAAAUGAACCCAUUCGUUUUUAGUCAAAAUCCGUUUAUUCUUUACAAAUAACGAAUCAAUUUUACCUGAAAUAAGUCCUUAGGAAGUCUUUUAUUAAGUUUUUAUGCUCUGGUAUGGUUGACUAGUGAAAAGCGGUUUAAAUAAAAUAAGGUCGACUAGUGCAAUGCAAUCAAGAUGGCGGAACUCAACAAAAUGGCCGCCACGUUUCUUAAACUUGUAUGUAAACUUUACAUACGAUAGUUGUAAGCGACAACACUGCGAAUAUUAAUAUAAGUUACGCUAUACUAUUAUUAAUUAAUUAUGAAAGUUAAUUAAUCUUUUAUUGGAUGUUGUGACGUCGAAACGCACCUUCGAUUUAUUUUAUCUUGCAAUUUUAUUUGUAUAAAUAAACGUAAGUUUGGCAAUGAUAUUCAAGCAUUUUUAUAAGGCUAGGCUAGGUUCAACGCAUUUCAUACAACCAGUUAUAUCAGGCCUACAGCGAAAUCGUUCGUUCGUCUGUUUGCCUCUCUAUCGCUCGAAUAUGCAAGAGUGAAAGAGAUGCAGUUAACGAAAUUUCGCGUUAGGUUCUCAGGCUUUGUAGAAAUAAAUGUUGCCAUAGUAAAAAAAGUGUUCGUGUAUUAAAAAUAUAAUAACGUUUCAAGAUUAAUAAUGUUUUCAAUAUGGGAUAGCUUUAAAACAACGUCACACGAGGUAAACCACCGUUUUUUAGAUUAUAAAAAAUGAUAUUUUCUCUCUCUUGAUUAAAACACUACAAUGUAAUGCGGGACUAAUAAUAAAUUGUUUCUAGCUCGACUUUCGUUACUUCAAUAGUUGAAAAAAAUAUUGCCAACCCUAAAAAAUAUAAAGCACUGGUAAUAUUUAAAAACUUUGGGGUUUUAACAAACCGGCAAACCAGAAGAACGCAAAGUCGGGCAAUUCAAAAAUUAUAUGUUAAAUUAAAUAUAUAAUAUAUGACGUGUUGCUACAACUUCUAAUAUAUUUCACUACUUAGGUGCUACUACUUAGUCGAUAGGAUCAAAGGUCGGACACGUUCAGUCGAAGCGAGUGUAAUUAUGGACUCUAGUGCCUUGACGAUAACACUCAUUAACGCAUAACUUUAAAACGCAACGUGAACAUUGGGUAGCCAAUAACGCUGCGUUAAAAUCGUUCGACCAAUCAGCGAUCACGAUUUUAAACCAAUCGGAGAGCUGCAAACUUGGCGAUUGUUUAGGGUUGUCAAAAAGCCCGGUGUAAUAUUUUCAUUGGAAAUAUUGAAACAUGCGUUUUGACUGAUCGUUUUCGACCGUCUCCGUAACAUGUGUUUGCGUCUCGUGUUUGUUUAUGAAAUGAUGCGAAAUUGAUUUAUAAUAAUGACGAUAAAUAGUGGUCAAUGUUUAGGAUUAAUGUUAGGGCCAGUUGAGCAUUUUAUUCUAUGCAUGCACAAUAAAAACGACAACCGUGGAAGGGUCCGCGGCGCAACAAAAAUGAACCUCAUUACAAUGUACAUAAGGUACAAUUUUUUUAGUGGACCCUAUAUAGCAGCUAUAUAGCUUGAAGCUCAUCGAUGUCGUGUACCGUAACUCCAUUUUAUAAACGUUAUAUAAGUCAUAUUUCCGGACAUUCCAGUAUACCUGAUAUAUCACAAAAUCGUAUAGUAGCUUUACGCUAGAACAUGACAGUUUUUUAAAAUAAUUUUAAUCAUUAACCCUGCGGGUAAAUAUAAACUAACAUGUCAUUUUCGCAAGUUCCUGUCAGAAAUGUCGUUCGAAAUUUUUAUACCUUCUAAAACAUGAAUAAUAUUACUUUAGAACGAGUUAUGGUCUUGAGAAAAUAAUAAAUAUAUUCUAGUAUGCUUUUCAUCACAUACUGAAGCCCAGUUCUUUGAAAUUUCUAAAUGUGUAUGUGACAAAAAUACCCGCAGAGUAACCACAAGUUAUAAAUUCAAGCAGUAGUUUUUUUCUGAAUAAUUGACACAUAUUGCAUGAACAGUUGAUUGUUUCUUUACAAAGUGACAACCCUAGAUUCUGUCGCUAUCUGAAGUUGGACUACUGCUUUUAUUUAUUUACUGUGGCAUCAGGUAAGUCAAUGAUACUGAUAUUGUACAAUUAUUAUUAAUAUAUUUCUUACACGCUAGACGUAAUGUUUUGUAUUAGUAUAAGUUUAUAUUAUGAAAUUGACGCUGAUUUUAAAUCAGAUUUAAGUGUAAUAUUUUUUCUUUACUUUUUUAUCAAUUUGACAUAUGGUUCUUCAAUAUGUCACAGUGAAUAAUGCCUACACUAUUAAAAUUUCAUAUUUCGAUAUAUCUCUUCCAUACUAUAUUAUAUAGACUUGGCAACAAAUGUACCUAACAAUCUUCCUAAAUCCUAUAUGUAUGUAAAAAUAAUUAAGAAACUUAUGGAACAUAAAAUCCAUUGUGACAUGUUGAAAAUUAUUGACGAAAUACGGUCUUUAGGAAAAAAUAUCAUACAAGAAAUAUCUGCAACUUUUUGAAUCAAUAUAGACUUUAUGCGCUCUGUUUCAGACUUGAAAAUAGAGUGACAGAUAUUCGUAUGAAUGUGAUAUUUUCCCCUAAAGUCCGCCUUUGACUUGUGUUGUCGUAUAUUUAUUGAAGAUGUUUAUUUUUCUAAGAGUCCCCAUCUCCGUAUUAUUUUGUAUUUAACGAGAAGUUAUGGAUAAAUUACAAUAAAGAUGCUUUGUUUUAAAA